UGUUAAUUUCUGUCAUAUUUCUGUCAUAUUUGAAGUUUUUCGUGACCUUUUUCGUGCAAUAAAACGCGACCAACCACUCGGCGCCCGGAAGGAAACACAUCUGGAAGUCUGGAGACGACAUGAGUGGAAUUCAUCUAUGAUUAUCAUAUAAUCCAAAGUAUUUUGCGCCUGCAAGCUACGGGUGGAUUUGUAAGGUUACUUGAGUACUUUUCAGACUCCAACUAUGAGUUCAAGCAUUAGAGCGAACCGUGGAAAUAAAGCUGUCUCAGAAGCUUUGAAAGAACCGGAACCAGGUUAUGUUGGAUUUGCUAAUCUUCCUAACCAAGUGCAUCGCAAAUCUGUAAAGAAAGGUUUUGAGUUUACACUUAUGGUUGUUGGUGAGUGCUAUGUACUUUUGAUCUUAUAUGUUUGUUCAAAUGGCUUUUUAUUUGGGCCAUUUCAUGCACCAUUGCUUUUGGGUGUUGAAUCAAAGGAAGUGAUCACAUGGUGACAAUUUUAUCUGCUUUUUGCCAUAAAAAGUUUUCAAUUGUAUGAAUGGUGUAUGUAGUACAGUGUAGUACUACGUAAUGUCAUGUGAACUGAAAGAAAAGCUAUUUCAAGUGGUUUCCAGGAUGGGAAGGGGGGUACUGCCAGAAAAAUUGGGUGGGGGUGUGUGGCCCGCUUCCCAAAACCCUUACCCAACAUGUAUUUCUGGCAAAAAUCUGCAAUAUUC